GUGGCAAUCACACGCUGAUUUUUCUCUACUAACCACAAAGAUAUUGGCACCCUUUAUUUAGUAUUUGGUGCUUGAGCCGGAAUAGUCGGCACAGCCUUAAGCCUUUUAAUCCGGGCCGAACUAAGCCAGCCAGGGGCUCUCUUAGGUGACGACCAGAUUUAUAAUGUUAUCGUUACAGCCCAUGCCUUUGUUAUAAUCUUUUUUAUAGUUAUACCCGUUAUAAUUGGGGGUUUUGGAAACUGAUUAAUUCCCCUAAUGAUUGGUGCCCCCGACAUGGCCUUCCCCCGCAUAAAUAAUAUAAGCUUCUGACUUCUCCCCCCCUCCUUUUUACUUCUCUUAGCCUCCUCAGGUGUUGAAGCUGGUGCUGGUACUGGCUGAACAGUUUAUCCGCCUUUGGCCGGAAACUUAGCACACGCAGGUGCUUCUGUAGACUUAACUAUUUUCUCUCUCCACCUGGCCGGAAUUUCUUCUAUUCUAGGAGCUAUUAAUUUUAUUACCACAAUUAUUAACAUAAAACCCCCCGCCAUCUCACAAUAUCAGACACCAUUAUUUGUUUGAGCAGUCCUGAUUACAGCUGUACUUCUACUUCUAUCUCUCCCAGUCCUAGCCGCUGGAAUUACCAUAUUGCUCACAGACCGAAAUUUAAACACCACAUUCUUUGACCCCGCUGGUGGUGGAGACCCUAUUCUAUACCAACACCUCUUCUGAUUCUUCGGACACCCGGAAGUCUACAUUCUUAUUCUACCAGGAUUUGGUAUAAUCUCUCACAUUGUAGCUUAUUAUUCUGGUAAAAAAGAACCAUUCGGCUACAUAGGCAUAGUAUGAGCAAUAAUGGCCAUUGGUCUCCUUGGCUUUAUUGUCUGAGCCCACCAUAUGUUUACUGUGGGAAUAGAUGUAGACACUCGCGCCUACUUCACCUCCGCCACAAUAAUUAUUGCCAUCCCAACAGGAGUUAAAGUUUUCAGCUGAUUAGCCACUCUACAUGGCGGCUCAAUUAAAUGAGAAACCCCCCUUCUUUGAGCCCUUGGCUUUAUUUUCCUUUUUACAGUGGGAGGACUCACAGGCAUUGUUCUUGCUAACUCUUCUCUUGAUAUUGUUCUCCAUGACACUUAUUAUGUAGUAGCACACUUCCACUACGUCCUCUCUAUGGGAGCUGUCUUCGCUAUUAUGGGAGCAUUUGUUCACUGAUUCCCCUUGUUCUCCGGCUACACUAUACAUACCACUUGAACUAAAAUCCACUUUGGGAUUAUAUUUGUAGGAGUUAACCUAACUUUCUUCCCUCAACACUUCUUAGGCCUGGCGGGUAUACCACGACGAUACUCUGACUAUCCUGAUGCCUACACCCUUUGAAACACUAUUUCUUCAAUCGGCUCCCUUAUCUCCUUAGUAGCAGUUAUUAUGUUUCUUUUCAUCCUUUGGGAAGCAUUUACCGCUAAACGAGAGGUUAUAUCAGUUGAAAUAACUUCAACUAACGUGGAGUGACUCCAUGGGUGCCCCCCACCCCACCACACAUUUGAAGAGCCAGCAUUUGUUCAAGUACAAACAAAUUAA